GCAGCUUGGAAGACCAAAAGCCGACGACCGACUACACGGCGGUCGUUGCAACGCCCAAGGCCAAUGACGACGCUGCCGACGUGCCCAAGGCGUCGUCGACUAUCGAGAGCUGCUCGACGGCGUUCCUCUUCCUCCUCUGCUGCCCCAAGAUGGCGCUCAACGUCGCGUGGGCGGCGCAGUGGGCGGCGCUCGGCCCGCUCCUCCAGAUCCUCAUUCCGUCGUCGUGGGUGCAGAUCGUCCAGCUCGUGGGUCCGAUCUCCGGUCUCCUCAUCGCGCCGUCCAUCGGUGUCCUCAGCGACAACUGCACGUCCAAGUUUGGUCGCCGCCGCCCGUUCCUCUUUUGGGGUGCGCUCAUGAGCUGCCUCUGCUGGCUCGUCAUGAUGUUCUGCACCGACAUUGGCGAGGCGCUCGGCGACACGCCCGCCAAGCUCCUCGACACGCUGCCUCAAGACCAAGUCUCGCGCAAGUGGACGACCGUCUUUAUCAUCCUCACGUACAUUUGGAUGGACAUUACGCUCAAUUUGACGCAAACGCCGCUCAACCUCCUCAUCGCCGACUUUGCCGGCGAGCGCCAAGUCACGGCCUCGUCGCUCGGCAACGCCUACUCGAUCGCCGGGUCGUUCGUUGUCUCGGGCUACAUCAUGGCGUUUGGGCCUGCGCACGAGAGCGUCAAGCCCUUCAUGUGUCUUCUGAUCGCAGUCAUGCUCAUCACGGCCGGCGCCGUGCUCUACUUUGUCAAGGAAAAGGUGUUUGUCGCGCAAACGACGAGUGUCUCCAAGGCCCAAGAGAUCAAGAACGCGUUCGCGGCUGUCUGGACUGGCAUCCGUCUCCUUCCCAAGACGCUCGCCAUCUACUGCGUCAUCAUCGUCUUUGUGCAGUAUGGCUUUACGGCCUACAUGGGUGCGAAGGGCCAGUUCUUUGGUCUCGUCGUCAAGAACGGCUCGUCCGACAACGCCGACAAGUGCGGCCACGACGGCAACCCCGCGUGCUCGGUCCAGCAGAUCGCCUACAACGACGGCGUCCAGCUCGCGGGCGGCGUCACCGACACGAUCUACAACUGCGUCUCGCUCCUCUAUCUGGCCGUCCUCCCGUACCUCGUGCGCAAGUUUGGCGUCAAGAAGGUCAUCACGGCCUCGAUCGUCCCGCAGAUCUUCCUCAUCGCCAUGGCCUACUGCAAGGUCGUUGCCAUCGACAUGAUCAUCGUCAUCGCGUGCGCGUUCACGCAGAACACGCUCCUCUCGCUCUUCAUGGCCACGAUCAUCCACGUCAUUGGCCACGAAGAAAACUCGGGCCUCGGGCUCUUUGCCGGCGCGCUCAACUCGGCGUACUGCGCCGGCCAGUUUCUCAACUUUAUCUUUUCGUCGAUCCUCGUCACGUCCUCGAUGGGCUACGCGCUCCCGAUCCUCGUCGGCGGCGUCCUCUCGGCCAUCGGCUUUCUCAUCUCGCUCGUCUUCUUCAAGAUCGAGCUCUACUCGACAUAACGUCAACUAAUGUAUGCAAGCUGGGGAUCGUACCCACGUCUGUCGAUUCAAGUGGA